GUAUUAUUCUUUGUGUACUUAUAUGGUUAUUCGCUUUCGUCAUUGUACAUUAUUAAUUGGCACAUUGUAUUCUCUGUGUACCGGUACAAGAUCUACCAGAUUUUCAGAUGCUCUGUAAGUUGAUGAUUUGUAAUUAUAUUUAUUUUGUUUUGUAAUAGUAUUAUUACUAAAUUAAAUCUUAUUAAUUGUAUUUGGUACUGUUUUGGGUGUCGUAUUUUUCUUAUGUGUAUUUCUCUAUGGUAUCGUCCUUUGUUAGGCACUGUUUGAACGAGCCAUACAUUUAAAAUAGGAGAUUAAUUUCUCACAAUAGAUGCCAGUGCGUAACAGCCAUAAUUAUGUUUAAAACUAACAAUUCAAGUAAAUGUGUGCAUUUUGUGUAAUUUCAACACAAAAAAUGCAAUUAUUAUGUCUCUGAAUUCUUUUUAAUGACAUUGUUAUGCUGUUGCUAAUCAAAAAUGAGUAUUUCUUACCAUUAAUGCGACUUUUUUAAAAAUAAUCGAACGUUUGUCUGCAAGCCAGAUGCAGCCAUCAAUAGAGCCAUAGGUUCCUGACCCGUGUCCCAUUGUAUUACAUUUGUGAAAAAAGAGAUGUUAAAUUCUCUUUUUUACAAAUAAACAUAUGUUUACCAAUCAAGAAAGUCAAAGGCGUUAAUAAACUUGGGUACAUUUAUAUAAGUCUAUCCAGGAAUAUCAAAACCAAAUCAUUUUAUACACUUGAAAAUUAAAUUAUGACAAAUGAAGAUCGGUUAAUAUUUUCUUUUUUUUUUUUUAAAUGAACAUAUAUUUUUGUUGCUACUAAGCAAAGAGUAAAGAGUUGUGUAUUUUUAUGAGAUUAACAAUUUAAUUUUUUUUUUAAAGACAGUCAACUCUGAUAUAGGCGUGAAAAACAGUUGCGAGAUUCUUCUUAGAUAAAAGAAUUCUUUUUUUUAAAUAUUUUCUGAUAAUGUAUAAUUUUAAAAAAGGCAAACAUGUGUUUAAAUUUUGAUGAAGAUAUCGAUAUAUAUAGAAUUCCUGUAAUAUAAAUUAUAUUCAUAGCAUAUUUAGAGUUUUUAUUGUAAAUUUAAGAUUGUUUUUUUUUAAUUUUGAGGGAAAAUAGUUGUAAUUCAAGGGCACGAAAAUGGGUAAAUCUAAAGUAUUUCUCUAGCGUAGUAAAUGUCCUCAAUUAACUUCUUUAGUGACAAAAAUGAUAUAAUGAGUGAUAAUUUAGACUGCGUAAUUUAAGGUCAUGUUUGGAGGGGGGAAAUUAGUUUCGGAGCGUGAAAGGGUGUAGGGCGCGCGUAUCAUAUGUAGCAGAUAAACAUGUAUCAAAGCUUAAUGAUGUUAGAAACGUAAAAAUCAUUACAUUUUAAAAGUUAUGAAUUGGGAAGAGUUUUUGCAAAAGCAGCUAGAAAUUAUCGCAAAGGACCUACCAUUAUUAUCCCGAUAACAUCGGGUCAUUCAUUCUAGUUCGAAUAUAACAAAGAGUCUGUCUUGAAAACUAAGAGUAAAUGAUUGCGUUCCAUACGUGUCAACUAUCUACAGUACAGAAAAGAGUUUCAAGCAGGGCUGCCACUCACUUUUUUCAAAUUUCCCAAGAUUUGGUGAACAAAUUUCCCAAGAUUUCCCAAGAUCAUACAAAUAUAUAAGAGUUUUUUUUUUAAAGGGGGGUUUUCUAUGUAAUUAAUGUAAUAAUAGAUUGAAUCAAUGCCCCUGAAAAACAUGGUAUAUUAAUGGACUGAAAUUUAUUGAAAAAGACAUUUAAAACAUGUUUAUCACAUUAAAAAAAAAAUUUUUUUUAAAAAAAUAAUUUAUAAUCCAAAAUAUCAAUACCCACUGGAGUUAGGCUACUAAAUAUUACCUCCGAAUUCUCUGAUAAAAAUAUAAUCUACAAUACAUGUGUAAUAGAAGUCACUUGGAAAAAAAAAGCAUACAAGGCUAAUCAACACAGAAUUCCUUUUACAAAGGCAAAAGUUUCUUCAUCAAAAAAUGAUUUUUUAUUAUUGUAAAUCUGUUGAUUACAAGUGGGGUUUGCAAAGCAAUUAAGCAAAAUUUAUUAAUAAUAAUUGUAGUUAAAAUGGAUUGAUAUUACGAUGAAAACAAUAAGUGUUUUAUUUUUUCUUGUAAAAUUUACAUUAUAACGAUUUUUUCACCAAAAAAAAAAUACUUUUAAAGGAAUUGUUCAUUUAUAAUCCUACAACGUAGGCCUAUACUGCCUAUACUAUUAAUAUCUUAGUUACCCGUGUUUCAAUCCACAAAUAUUUUUUCUAAUUGAUGAAAAUUAGGCUGGAUUUUUUACAGAUGCAUUAUAUUUUGAACACAUUGUAGAAGUAAUUGAAAUAAUAAAAUUCUACUAUGGCAUGGAUUCUUGAUUGAACACUAUCGUUCACUCUUUGGCUUGUACUGUUUUUCGUAUGGUUGCUAAUGUCUAAGAGCAUAAUGAUAAAGUUUCCGAGCCCACCCCCCCCCCCAUUUAAUAAACAUUCAAAACCUGGAUGUAAUUUGUAAAUCUUCAAUUUUUUUUUUUUAAAGAGAAAAUUGAAUUUUUUUUAAAAAUUAUUAACUUUUUAAUAAUUCACAAUAUUAACUUUAAAAUCAGAAGAGUUUUUAUUUAUUUUAUGAGUGGAUUUAAAAAUUAAAACCAGAAAAGAAAAUGAAAACAAUUAAUUUUUUGCCUUGUUACUUUAAAAAUUAUUUUGCUUUAUUUUUACUUUAUUUUUUAUCAGAUAUUGUUGCGUUUUUUUCGAAAAAUAUAACAAAAUUUUCCCCCCAGUUAAGAUUUCCCAAGGUUUUGCAUGAUUUUCAAAAUUAUUCCCCAGAUCCCAAGGGGGGUCGUGAAUUCCCAAGACCUUGGGAAAUUUCCGAAGGUGUGGUAGCCCUGGUUUCAAGAGCCACACUGACACAGACGUUCUUAACAUAACGCCUUGCAUUUAAUCUCUCACACAAGUAGGUCACCAUUGUCACAAGACCGACACACUGCAAAGAACACGGCAGCGAUGUGUGUGUGUAGUCGCUAUUGGAGGGUGUUCACGGAUGUCCGUUUCGUCUCUUACCGUUAAUGCGAAGUUCUCACAUUAUUGUUUCUUACCUGGGAGGGGACUGGUCAUUGGACAUAUUCCGAGUGAUUGGUUGCCCAGCAACGACCGACAUUAACCAUGGCUACCAUUGAACGUCAUUACACUUUGAUUGGACGAGGGAACAACAAAGGUAACUAAUCGUUUCUCAUCUGGUUUUGCUCGAGUCAAUUUUAAGGACACUGUUUCUUAUUAAGCAUUAUGGCUGCAAGGCCGUGGCCCCAAAUAUACUAUGGCUCUAAUAUGUGGCUCACGCAGAUAAUAUUACCGCACAAUGGUUCGCAUUGGAAAAUGGUCUUGUAACAGACCAAUUAAAUUUUGUUUUUUUAGUUUAAUUCAGACAAUAAUCCUCAAGAACAAUAAACAGUAUUUAAUAAUAAUAAUAAAGUUUAUUUGAAAAUCACACUUCACCCCCAAAGGCUCGAAGCGCGGUACAUAGUCUUAGUUUAUUAAAAGAGAAAUGAAACAACCUAAAAUAUACUACUUUGGAAUAUAAAAUGCAACAUUGCAAAAAAUAUAUAACCAUUCUAAGUCUUUCAUACCUAACAACCAUAAACAACAAAGGCCAAUACACAUCCACAAUGUAAUAGCUAGAUAAACAACAUCAUCCCAGCAGGUGUUUGCGAAAUAGAUAUAUCUUCAGAACUGUUUUGAAAGACUCCAGUGACUGGCUGUUUCUAAGAGCAGCAGGAAGAGUGUUCCAAAUAUUCGCAACGAAAAAUGUAAAAAGUCCGCCUGUUUAGCUGAAAAAUAUAUGGCUAAAACCUUUUAUAAUAGAUCAUAAUAAAAAAAAAUCAGUAUUUAUUUAAAAGUUCAGUAACUAGUAAGGACGUCAUGGACAUGAAAUCAUUUAAUAAAAUGGUAGAGAUUGUUUUUUUUCGUAACGUUGAUUAUCCGGGGAAUCAAUUAUCCAAAAAUCAAAGCUUUACCGCAUUUAUUCUAGUUAUAAACCGUUACGUACAUAUUCUAUUUACAGGCGGCCAAGUCCCUACUAGUCCUGCAAGGAAACGGGAUGAUCAAGGUAGAGAUAUGGAAACUAAAUUAAUUACUCUUCCCAUUGUUUCCAAAAUGCUGACUUGAAAAAGUUCUUUGUAUGAACAUCGGCUGAUGAUGAUGAUGAUGAUGAUUUAUUGUUUGUAAAGCGCUUGCUUCCAUGCUUUCUGGGUCAAACUUUGGUUAGGUCAAAUACGAUAAAAUUUGGUAACACCAUAGAUUUAUUUCAAUGUUUAUAUAAACUGGUUAGGGUACAAUAAACAUACCAUGUGAGUUCAGGGUUUCGGGUGGGACAGAAUCGCUGAUUAUUAGAUGAAAUGUUUAAACACUGUAACAGUGGUGUUAACUACUGGAGUUUCUAAAUUCUUAAACAUGGACGUUUGUUUUUUCUACUUCUGCCCUCUGAGGCAUAAAUUAUAUUCGAUACAUUUAAAAAGUGCCCUUCUACUUAACGGAGUUGAGAGUCUAAUAUUAGAAAGGGAAUUAUUUUCUUUAUCAUCUACACAUUUAAUAAGAGAACUAAACAAUCUAUGUGUUAACUUUAUCCAUCAAAUGAAACUUCUUCAUCCAGGGGACCACGAAUGUGAAGAACUAGACGAAGGAACUGGGCCAAGUGAACGGUGGGAGGCGUGCUUGAAAAAUCCUGGCCACAAAGAUUUCAUCGCGGCUCAGGAUUUGUCCAUAGAAGAUCUCCCUCCGGAGUACCGAGACACGGGCGUGUUUGAGCUCGUCCGACUUCUGUCCGAUCUCACGGUCAAGGUUUGCGUCGAGUACACGAGCACGAGCCGACCUGACGGCUACAUCUUCUCCAAAUUCAGAGGUCAGACGGUAGCACACACAGGCACCGGGUUUGUGGUGCAGUGCGAGUUUCACGUCUGACCCGCUUAAGCCAUCGCGGUGGUGGAGUGUGUACGUCCGGACGGCCAAGCACGUAGUGUUUGAUGACGAGGAAGUAAAGCGCACGGUUAUAACUGCUGAUUUGGGACUGCGCACUCACGGGGAAAGUUUAGACAGUGCGCCCGGCAACGUAUCUUUAGUUCUUUAUGGUCUUCGGGAAAUAGGGAGUAACCUCAAACGUGACCACUUUGAGAUGGAGUGUGCCACGCACGACAAAGUGUCGGGGCAGUACCUCGCCAUCGCCAAUUCUAAACUGAGCUCCAUGAGAAAACAACUGUGCCAUACUAGGCAGGAUGACGAGAGUUGGCCCCCCUUAUCGGUUAUCAUCUCCCACCCCCAUGGAUUCGACAAGAUGGUAACUGUGGGGCAAUGGAUAGAAAGGACUGUCCAGUCCACUGACAGGUUUCAUUACAACACCGAAAUGACCGAAUACACCUACGACACACCAACGUGCUACGGCAGCAGUGGGGCGCCGGUGUUGAUCCUAGGAAGGGGCGUCAGUCUGAGCAAUGUCUUCGGAUUGUUUGGUCCCAUUUGGUACCACGCGCACAGCGGGGCGUCGAGCUCACGGGUGGGGAGAAGUGCGGUAGGGGUUGAUUGUAUUCUGUCUCCAAAAAGCCCAUCUAUUCCCGGGACGUAAAUUUGGCUCGUCCUAAUGAAGAUGACAAAAUAAUGGAACUUAUUUCAUGGAUCAAACGGGACAAUUUCUUCUAUCUCGACACAUAUAGCUGAAUGUCAUGAAACUAUCUGAGAUUACGGUACUUAGUACCACAAAUUCAAUAUAUAUUCUAUAUAUGCAGUCUUUUGUACAUUGUACAUUGUAUAUUCUAUACCAAGUAUACCUUUUCUACAUUCUAUGUAUUCUAUGCGAAGUAUUUGAUUAAGUCUCGCACCUCACCCCCUUUAAAAAAAUUAACAAUGACUAUUUGACUUUGUGAGACUAAAUUUACUUCUAAUAAUUAUUCAUCGCAAAUACAUAAAUAACUGUAGGAUUUGGAUAAUAAACUUAUAAUUUAUCACAUAAAAUAAAAUGUUGAUUUCUUAACCAAACAAAUGUCUAUAAUUUGUAUCAUAAUUUCAAUGUUUCAAAUGUUCUAAUGUGCACUUUUAUACGCACCCACAUAAAAUUUCAUCUGGCAUCCCAGGUUGGGAAACCCUGUACCUAUAUCGUAUAUAUCUAUAAAUACAUGACGACCACCUCACACUGUCUUUCAAUAUAAUCUAUAACGACAGGGGUAUUAGCUGCCAGUAAAGUUUAAAAAAUAGAAAAAUGUUACAGUUAAAUACUUGGAAAUAAUUUGUAUAGGUCAUUGAUAUUUUCAAUAGUGUUACGCACUGCCGUCUAUAGUGAGAAAUUAAUCUCUUGUUUUAAGUUAUGGCUCGUUCUAAACAUUUCAUAACAAAGGACGAUUCCAUAGAGAAAUACAAUAGCAAACAUUCGACACUCAAAACACUAUUAAUUACAAUUAAUAAGAUUUGUUUAGUUUAUAUGAUUACAAAACAAAAGAAAUAUAAUUACAAUCAUCAACUUACAGAGUAUGUGAAGUCUUGUACCGGUACACAGUUAGUACAGUGUGGCAAUUAAUAAUGUACCAUGAUGAAUGCGAAUAAACACAUAUGAGUACACACACAAUAAAACACUUGACUCGUGAACUGACAAAUAUAUCUCUCAAACUCCGUUCCUUAAUGUUAUCUGAACCCCUUAUAUAUGCAGCGUAAGACGCAUUCCAGAAAAGCCGACCCCAUUGUUUAUCUGUCUAGUUCACUCCCAAACUUUCCACAAAAUUCUAUUUGAACAUAUCAGUUAUUUUUUGUUGGUAGUCGUAGUAAACAAAGCAAGAUAAAAGGGAAUAGGCCACGCCCAAUACGACCGCGGCGUCUACUAGAUUGGCAGCACGGGGGAAACGUGACGUAAAAACGUCCUACCUAACAAUAGCUCACCUUAAGAGAAGAUAACUAAACGGACGUUUCGGCAAGAUGCCUUCUUCAGCAACAAAAAAUAUAAUAACAUUAAAAAACAUAUACAUUUGAAUAUCAAAUAAGUAAAACUUAUUAUUUAAAAGAGCUCAAUAAAGCUAAUGUUGCUCCAUUUUCAGAACAGGAAGCGCUCUAUGAUUUUGUCAGAAACGGAAUUUGAGUUGUUCAAAAUCUCAUGCGUCCACAAUAAUUCUGUGGUGUGUACAAUAAGAGAAAAGUAAGAGUGUUACAAUUUUAAAAUUACUUUA